ACCCAUUUUUCACCGCACUGUCACUCGUACCUCUCUUAAUCCUCAUUUCUGCUCCCUCGUGAGCCUUAACUUUCCCCUACACGCCGGUGCUCCUCCACCAUCCGACCCCCGCCGGAAUUUCCCACCACGGUCCGCCACCACCACAACCGGCUGAGGUAACGCGGAGGAACAGUGUAGCCGCCACUAUCAUAUCUCUCUCUCUCAAAUUAUCAGCAGAGCCCUAAGUAACAGACUGGUUUUCCAUCAUGGGCAUGGAAGAGAAAGAUGUAUCUAAAACAAUGGAUUGGAAAAGUAUUGGAGAAUCAGUAAGUAGUGAGUCUGGUGAAGGAGCAGCUGUAAAGAAACGGCUACCAAAAAAGAUAAGGCAAAUUCCAGAUUAUUAUUUCCUUCCCAGAAGAUCUUUACCAUCUACUAUUGUAUUUUAUGGAGCAUGGAUAGCUGCUGGAGUUGGAGCUGGCAUGCUUACAGAAAUUUGGAUAAACAAAAAAGUCAAAGAGGAUGGAGGUGUCAUCUGGGAGUUUGACAAAUGAAAAGCUUGAUGUCUGGCACCAUCCCCCCCUCCCCUCGGUUGUAGGGCAUCACUUAGUUUGAAUCUUUGAACAGAGGAACUGUCGAAUUAUGGUGCUUGUUUUGGUUUUGCUUGAAAAUUGAUGCACCUAUUUGAAAAGGUGUUGGAACAGGCUGUGCAGAACUCCAAUACUCUUCCUGGAUCAAACGAACUAGUUCCUCAAUAAUCACACGAGAUAUGACUUAUUUAUCCUAGUUUCAUACUUUUUUCUAUUGUUUCCCUCCUCCUUCUUUUUCUCUUUGGUCUCUGGCUUAUGUUGCUUUCGGACGCUAAAAUAUUUUGCCAACAUAUUUGUGUCUGAAACCUCCCAACAAUUAAGAACUGACAUUCUUAACAGCCUUGUAAGUUCCUUUGUGUAAACAAAACAAUAAUUGCAAACUUAUGUUGUACUAUAGACCUUUUUUUGGGCAUUGUGUGGCUCAAGGUUCUA